AUGAGCGUAGCCUCCGACUACCCCUACUUGCGACAACGACUGGUGGAGGAAGAAGCGCGAGGAGGGGCGCAGGCGCAUGGGCGUCAGGAUUCUGCUGCGACGAUCAAAGCUCCCGUGCGUGUGGCUUCUAACCCUACCACCCCAAUGGCGAGACUGACUGGUGCGGAUUGUAAGGUCGACGAUGGCAAAAUGUCCUCCGCCCCCCUCCCCGUACCGACAAAGGAGAACGACUGGCUCGGUUUCUGCCAGAGCGCGGUCAAAUUGCAGAAUGGUGAUAGACGGGGCUCGCUGAAGAAGCGGACAGAUUACGGCGCUGCCUUCGCGGCUUCGGGCGUGACGACUUAUUAUUGCUCGGCGAAGGGGUGUGCGUAUCAGGGGCAUGUGAGUGUGGAUAUGGUGUGGAAGGUGGUGAUGCGGGAUGAGAAGUUGGGGUUGAAAGUGCGGUGGGGGUUUUUGGCUAAGAGCCACAUCAAGCAGGCUUCGGUGCAGGGGCGGCAGUAUCAGUUCCAAUGCCCAAUCUGCAUCUACUCCUACGGCCACGCCGAAGGCCGCGUCUGGAAAGGUGUCGACAUCUUCAUGGACCACGUCUCCUCCCACCGCGGCAUGAGCAUAAGCUUUGAAGUCGCACAAAAACUCGGCGUCAUAGCCGACCACGUCGCCGAAGACAAAGACGAAUUCGACCUGAACCUCUACCCUCGCGACUACAAACACGACACCUCCGAGACCUCUUCUGUCAAAUCGACUAACCCCGGCGCUCCCCUCUCUCGCGCCCCGACGAGGAGUAGUAUUGUCGAUUCACUCUGGUCACGAAAAGCGAGUACGGCUCCGCAGACGGAUCCGGGGGUGAGUUUGCAGCGGACGAGUACGUGGAGAAGUGAUCUUACGCGGACGGAUUCGGUGGUUGAGGGGGCGAGUAUUGAUGAGGGGAAUGAAACGGAGCCGUGGAGUGAGGGGUUGAGUAAUUUCAAAUUGGAUCGUGAGGAGGACUAUUUGAGCCCGGACUUUUGA